AUGAACUCCUCUGAAGUCAGCUCCAGCAUUUCAGAAAAUACCACUUCUGUCAGCUCUGGACCUCUCCUUUGGUACCAGUAUGAGGUCUGCAAAGAUAUAACUUAUGGGUUUGUGUUCUACUAUGCAGUUAAGGUGUUGAACAUGGCAGUGGGAUUUCCAGCAAAUGUGAUGGUGAUUUGGCAAAUGACCAAGAAGAAAGCAGACUCAACCACCUCUGACAUCUUUAUUUCCAACCUGGCCCUGCUUGAUGCCUUCUUUGGCAUGGUGACCCCCAUUGAGCUCUUGAACCGUCUCCUACUGAACAACAGCCGCAUCUGGUACUUACAGCGAUUUGCUUAUGGUGUCAAGGAUGCCACCCCUCUUUUUCUGACCUGCAUUUGCCUUGACCGCUAUGUGGCUGUAGUUCACCCCAUUAUCUUCACCAGAAUCAGGGACAACAAGAUCAGGGUGGUCGUUUCCAUGGUAGUGUGGGCCCUCACUCUUGCUUACUCCCUGGUAAAGAGCUUUAUGGGUGUUGAUAGUGUGUCUGAAGUUUUCUCUGGCCUGAUUUUGACAGCUUUCAGCACCAUGGUGUUCUGCAACAUCUCUAUAAUCUGGGUUCUGAGGCGGUCAGUCAUUGGCAAGGAGGAGAUGCACCCCAUGAAGAGGAAGGCCUUCAAAAUGGUCUUGCUCAUCCUCACCAUUAUAGUGAUCCUCUACUUGCCCCCUGUGGCUCUGAUGCCUUUUGCCAAGUACUAUAGCUUGAGAGAUUUCAGAUGCCUGAUUAGCCUGAUAGUCUUUUCCAUCAUGGACCUAAGCUGCAGCAUUGAGCCUCUGCUGUACAUAGCCAAGACUGAAAAGCUGUCCUUCUGCACCUGCUGCCAAAAACCAAAUAGGACAUGA